AGGCUGAGCCGCUACAGGGUGCGAGCGUUUCCCCACCCCCACGCCGGCCCACUGGCCAACCUCAGGCCGCUUUGGGGGGAGAGUGGCGUGGCCAGUCCCCAAUCGAAUCGCACGGGAGGUUGCUAAGGGGGAGUUGGUAGCAAGGCCGGCUCGGCGGCAGAUCGAUGGGAACUGGUGCCGGAAGAGUCCAGAACAGCGACCGGGCUGGGCCUACAGGGUAAUUCUACUAGAACAUCGAUCUGAACAGUAAAACUCCGCUCCUUUGAGGACUGCCUGAAUACUUCUAGCUCUGAAGAACACUGAUCUAAAAUGAAUGCAAUGCUGGAAACCCCCGAGCUGCCAGCCGUGUUCGAUGGGGUGAAGUUGGCUGCAGUCGCUGCUGUUCUCUAUGUCAUCGUUCGGUGCCUAAAUCUAAAAAGCCCAACUGCCCCUCCUGAUCUCAUUUACCAGGACACUGCUCUGUCGCGCUUCCUGCUCAAAUCCUGCCCGCUUCUGACCAAAGAGUACAUUCCACCCAUGAUCUGGGGGAAGAGUGGACAUAUCCAGACUGCUCUCUAUGGGAAGAUGGGGAGAGUGAGAUCACCACAUCCUUAUGGACUUCGCAAGUACCUCACAAUGUCAGAUGGAGCAACAGCAACCUUUGACCUCUUUGAGCCCCUGGCUGAACACUGCAUUAGAGAAGAUGUCACAAUGGUCAUCUGCCCUGGAAUCGCUAAUCAUAGUGAGAAGCAGUACAUCCGUACCUUUGUUGAUUAUGCCCAGAAAAAUGGUUAUAGAUGUGCUGUCUUGAAUCAUCUGGGAGCUCUGCCAAAUAUUGAGCUCACUUCUCCACGCAUGUUCACAUAUGGUUGCACCUGGGAAUUUGGAGCCAUGGUUAACUACAUCAAGAAGACCUUCCCUCUGACCCAGCUGGUUGUGGUGGGCUUCAGCCUGGGUGGCAACAUUGUGUGCAAGUACCUAGGAGAGACCCAGGCCAACCAGGAGAGAGUGCUGUGCUGCGUCAGUGUUUGCCAAGGAUACAGUGCGCUAAGGGCACAGGAAACCUUCAUGCAGUGGGAUCAGUGUCGGAGGUUUUAUAACUUCCUCAUGGCAGACAACAUGAAGAAAAUCAUCCUCUCUCACAGGCAAGUCCUGUUUGGAGAUAGCGUUAAACAGCCCCAAACCCUGGUCGACUCAGACCUGAGCAGACUCUACACAGCAACCUCCCUCAUGCAGAUCGAUGACACCAUCAUGAGGAAGUUUCAUGGUUACAGUUCCCUGAAAGAAUAUUAUGAAAAGGAGAGUUGUCUGCAUUACUUACACAGGAUCUAUGUUCCCCUUAUGCUGGUUAAUGCUGCUGAUGACCCUCUGGUACAUGACAGUCUGUUAUCGAUCCCAAGAGCUCUGUCAGAAAAACAGGAGAAUGUCAUGUUUGUGCUACCACUGCAUGGAGGCCACCUAGGCUUUUUUGAGGGGGCUGUACUCUUUCCUGAACCCCUCACUUGGAUGGAUAAGCUUGUAGUGCAGUACACAAAUGCCAUCUGCCAAUGGGAGAGGAAUAAGUCUCAGUGCUCAGAUACAGAGCAAGCGGCGUCUGGCCAGGAGUAACUGCCCCAAAGACUCUCUCCGAUUUGCUUCACUAUAUUUCCCUUUUCUGGAACUCUGAAUUCCCUCACCUGCUUUUUCAGGUUUCCAUCCUCUUUGUGACAUCCUGGGACUGGGGUUUGGCCACAAUGUUUCCUUCUGAAAAGGAGCUACAACAGAGGCUAAUAAGUGGUUUUGAGCAUAUUUGUGUCUCCUUUUGUGUUUGCAGUGCACUGCUGCAUUUGAAGAACUGGCUUGUUGUUUUGGGUUGCUGGUUAGGGCUUGCUGCAGGAUUCUCAUACUAAUGUGAUGGUCUACUUAGAAAGUAGAAGUUCCAGUACUGCUGACCAUCAGGUUAUUCUUCCACUGGUCAAGACUCUUCACAGAGUUGCAGAACUUGUUUAGCUGUGGAUGAGUUGUGCUGGGAGUUCAGUUCCCCCUGUCUGGUCAUCUCUCUCCUAACACUGGGAGAACCCUGUAUCAAUCCAUAGAAACCAACAGUUCAUUCUGUAAGCCCCUUAGAUGUGGCUUGCAGAAAGGGUGAAACCCUUGGUGCAAGGCUGAAGCUCUACUUGUCACUCAUCUGACAAGGGCCUCUUGCCUUUUCUGGCAGUGCCCAUACCAGGAUUCAGCUGGGUUAGAAAACACUGAGCAACUUGUCAGAGCUUCAGCUGUCUCGAGGGUGGCAGUGCAUUCUGAUACUUCUGCAUUUCUUUUCUGCUGGGCCUCUGUGUAUAGAUGAGUUUCAUAUUGGUCAUUCUGUUGGAUUUCCUGCUAUGUAAACUCUCUCACACCAAGACAAAACAGAUAGCCUUCUUGUGAAUCUUGCCUUUUUUUAAUGUAAAGAGUUUUAUUUUGUCACUGUAUUUUUUUUGUGUUUUAACCCAGGCCUUUUUGAAACGGGUUCUGGUAAAUGCAUUGGAACCACUGAUUAUCAAUCUAUUGGUAUAUCCAAUUUGUGAGAGUAUUUCACAGAGAAUUAAUACACCCUUUCUUAAGGAGUGUCGGGGGGCGAGGACAUGUCAAUAUCAAUUCUUGCUUCUUCUCUCCCCUUCUUGUAUGUGCCAGGGUAGAAUGUUCCAAAAUCUCUCCCCUGAACUUUCAGAGCAAUGAAUGGUUUUGUUUUCAGCCACAUGACUUGCCUAGGAGUUGACAGGAACUGGAUGUCUCUAGCCCUGCAUAAUUUAAAUGUUUAUUUCUGUAUGACUAACUGCCUCCACAGUUAUUAGGAUCUGGUAAGGCUGUCUAUGUCCAGCUGGGUAUUCGAGCCCUUCUGGCUCAUUAAGUCUUUUCCCCACCCAGGAUAUCCAAGAUCAACUUCAGUUAAUGCACAAGGUGAAGUGUGGCAAUUUGAAAAUCACUUGCAUACCUCCCUCAUCUAGGGGCUGAUACUGUACUGUUGCCCAGAGGGCUCUUUUAAGAUGAACACCCUAGAAGAAAAGCUCCCCCAUGACAAUCAAGGACCUUAAUAUAAAAAUAGGAACAGUCUGUUGAGACAGUGGAACUUUGUGGUCAAACUUUGCUUUACUUUCAGUUCCUUCAAUAUCAUCUCAUUACUCCGUCCUUGUAAUUCCUUUCAUCAUCCAUUUACUUCAUCUCUGUUCCUGUCACACUUCCCACACCAAUUAGCACUUUAUUGCUUUAGCUCUGGUUUUGCGUUCUAGGCACUUUAGUUGAAGCUUAAGGGUAAAAACACCCUGCUGAAUUUCAGUCCUGUAACACUAGUGGAAUAAGCUUCCUGGGCCACACGAUCUCUGAACUUCAGUAGAUUGGAGAGAUUUUUGUUUAAUAAAGCAAUAAUUAACUACUGUAGCAAAGGUGCAUUAUCAUAUCGGGAAACAAACUCCUUCCAUUUGCCUUAGGCCAGCUGUCUUGGCCUGUUUUAACAAACUGUGGUAAACCGUGCAUUGUCUUGUUUAGAGAGAGAAUUCAGGUUCUGCUGUUGUAGAAGUAGAAGAAAUGACCAAGCAAAGCCAUGGCAAGAUUUGGCCACUCUUGUGGCUGGCUUAAAGGAUGUUUCAGGGCAUCAGUUAGCAAGGGCAUCUUUGGUUGGUGUUCGUGUCUGUCUUUGUCAUCCUCUUAUCCGUAACUCAUCCACAAAUCACCAGAAUAAUCAUACAGGGCAUUCCGACUUUGGCUCUGUCCACGCUGAAGUAGCUGUUGUUCUAAAUUAUGUCCUAUGAAUUAUUUAUACCAUCUCUCGCUCUUUUAGAAGUUGAAUGUAAGCCACUCUUAUUUAUACACAUUGACAUAGAUACAUGAUAUAAAUGUGUGGGGAUGUGGCUCUUUAUCUACAAUGGGUUUGAACUUGCUUAAACUCUAUAGCCAGCUCUGCAGUUGCUGUUCGUAGAUCACCGGCUAGCCAAGAGACCAGACUGCCCUUCCCACAGUAAGGAUUUCCCUCUACAGAUCACCCUGUGCAUUCAUUCCUCCAAACCCAGCUUAGCUGCAAGUAGGAGGAGUCGUCACUCCCAGGGGAACAGAAGUCAUCCUUAGCACCCAUCAAACUGUUGAGGCUUCAAAGAGCAGGCAAAACCCAGGUUACAUGUUGAUGUAUUUGAAGCAAGAAAUGUUUUUGCUGUUUCCCAAAUAGUUGCUUUUUAAACAAAAAGAACCUAAACGGUUUUCUCUAAUAAAAUUAUGAACUCUGCCCCUUUCCAGCGUAGCAGAGCCCUGGGUUUUCAGCAGUGCUAAACUAAGCCCAGUUAUGUAACUCUUCCAACUUUUCUGUAAACGAGUUGCAUGGCUCUUGUUUGCAGAGUGUCAGUUCUCUGAAAGUAAGUGCUGAAGGCUUCCUUCCCCAAUAGUGACUUGUAACCAUUUUCUAACAGAAAUCAAAGGGAUUGUUGCUUUGGAGAGGUUUGUUUUGGGUGUUCAAUGUCUUUGGCAGCUCUUUAGCUGCUGAGCUCAGGGAUUCCAUUACCAUACAUCUAAGUGUUGUAGAACCUGCCUUAAGGGGAGCUCUGUCUCCUUGGAUUCAGUGAGGGAAGCUUUGACUUAAAAAGGCUUUGCUCCAUGCUGUUAGUAAGAUGAUGGCAUUUUGGUCUUCUAUUUCCUAAGGCGUGAGGAAGAAUGGUGUUGUCUUCAUCUCUUCAAACACACAGAGAGAGUCUACUGUAACUAACUGAUCUUAUUGUGGCGGGUGACCAGUCAGUCAGUGACUUCUGUUCUUGCUGAGUACUAAACAUAACUCUUCCCCCAAUGAAAAGAGCAUCUGGGGGAAUUCCCAAACCAAUGGGAGUUGCUGCUUGUCCAGUCAAAGUGGGCAGGCAGAGAUUCUGCUGUUGGAGAAGCCCAAAGGAGCAGAUUUCACUGGGAAAAUUUCAGUUCUUUCUUUCACCAUUGUUGGCAGCUGAACUCUGCCAUCCCCUCUUUGUGAGCUCAUCCUAACUGCAAUGAUUCCAAAAGAGAGAGACCACAUUCUGUAGAAAGUAAAGCCCCUCCCAGGGUUAGACUGGAUGCUACUCUGGAAGAUCUCUAAGACUUAAGGACUGUGUUCAUGAUCAGUAUCCAUUCCUCUUCAGAGGUAGCACCAGGCAAGAACUCUUCCCUGUCCUGCUCUCUAUAGAGAUUUCCAUAACACUUACUUUCCCACUGCUUCUCUAUCUGCCCAUGCACAGAUGCACUACCCUUAGUCUGAGACUUCAGGAGCACUUAACACCCCAACAUUCUGGUGCAGUCACUCGGGUGGGGGGAUGGAAAUGGAUCUAAGUCUUGGCACUCUUGCCACAAGAGUUCUUGCACCUUCAGGUGAGCCAUCUAUAUUCUCUAAAGCACUUGAAGCAGUUGUGCUUGUGUCUGGAGUAUGAUAAAUGUUAGGAGGUGUGGAAGUUAGCUACUCUAGUUUUGGGAGAAAGGGAAGGAGUUGCUUAAGGCUUUUGCCAUGGGCUUUAAGGGUCUCAUUUGAGUUUUGAGACUUAAGUUCACCCCAACAAGAUUUUUGUAGCUAGAAAUGUUUAAUAAAAACUCCCUCACCAGUGUGACUUGCUGUGGCUUUGAAUGCAUGGACCAGGGACCCAGUGAUGUAAAAUAUUAAGAGCUUCCCAGUCUGAUUGGAAGCCAUAUCUUGCAGAUCAUUUCUUCUGCCUUCCCUCUAGCUAAAAAUCUGCUGCACAACGUAUGACUGUAUUAAGGCUUCUGGAGAGGGGACUUCUGUAUUCAACCCUAUAUCUGGAGGAAACAGUGCUCACUGCCAUAAGAGGGUCUGCCAUUGUACAUCAAUCCUAAUUUGCUGUCCCCCACGCACUAUGCUAGCAGUGAUAGUGUGAUGUGGGCAUACGCGUGCCAGCGACCAUGUUGAGAUCAUCCUCAUAAUACCAUGUGACAGAGGUCAGGUUUGAGCUCUUACCUUUAGAGGUGAAAGUCAUGAGUGUGCAUUCCAGGCCUAUGGAAACUUUUUCUCUUCCACAACAAGCGCCUUCCAAAACAACCACACUAUAUAUGCAAAUGGAACAGUGCAGCUCUUCUGUUUAGAUCUGCUGUGUGAGUUGGGAGCUAACAAGUGGCUUUUUCAUAUUGAUGGUUUCAGAUUGAGGAAUGGCGGUAGAAUGGAAUAAAAUUCACUAGGGCUCAGCUAACUAGCACUUAGUACCAUACAUUUAUGCACCCCAUCAUUGGAUAUCAUUGGCACUUAAAAGCAAAUCACCAGAAAGGGUCUCUUCUAGUCAGGUUGCAACCAAUUCUCCCUGAACGAUUAUACUGGUCUACUCUUCUUUCCACUGUUACCAGAGUGUCUGCAGAGAUUUGAACUUUGCAGGUGAGCGGCUGGGACCUGUUCUAAGACUAGAGAUUGAGGAACUUGUUGUUUUUACAUCAGACCUCCCAGAAUCUUUAAUAGCCAGUUUCUAAUGUUCUCCUCUUGAAACAGUUGACAGGAUUUCCAGAUGAGUCUGAACCUGUUGCAGUUGCAUUGUGAAGGCACCUGAAAGUCUCCGCAGUCUCCUCCUCAGCACUUCUUGACACUGAUUCUUGUUUAUUGAGAAGUAUUUGUUUUGCAUUGUGAGCAUUAAGUUAAAACAUAGAGUACUGAUGUCUCUCAGAACUUGACUUUAGCCAACUACUUUUUUCUUCAUCCAUCCUAGUUCUGUCAAGCUUCGUAGAGGACAACCCUUCAGACACCUAGUGCCUUGCCCCUCGUUCCUGCCACUUCUUUCUCACCGUAGCUGCAGCUUUCGGUAACACAUAGCUGCAGUUCUGCACUUGUCACUGUUCUCAUGCAGAAAGCAAACACCUGACUUUCCUUCUUUGGAGUCCAAGCUAAAAGCAGUCUGUCUAUGGGUGAAAUGUCACUGAAUGACAGGUGUGUACAGAGCUAAGAAAGGACCUUGAGUUUGGGCAACCUAAAACUACCUAUAGUGUAUGUCUUGAGGCUUAAAAUUAUAACUAAAUAAGCAGUAGAUUAUUUUACAACUGACUUCUGCCUAUAAAAGUGGGGACUGACUCUCACAGCUAUUGACUAAAAUGUAAACUUGUUUCCUUUUUAAAAUCCAAAAGAUCCCAUGUUCUAAUGAGCUAGCUUCCUCCAUCCACUAGCUUAUUGGCUCUGUAGUGUACAGCAGGAGAUGGGCUGUCUCCUUAUCCGAUGCAUCAGGAGUGGCAUUUGGAGGGUUUAUUGCCAAAUGUAGUGACACUGGUCACUGAGGAGCAAUACAAGGAACCUUCUGGAAAUAUUAUGCCUAUCUGGGGUUUAUUGGUGGUUGUAAAAAUCCUUUACAAGAAGCUUAGAAAGGGACCCUGCCUGUGACACUAGCCCAUCAGAAGGCUGUAUGUGGGCAUUGCUUCUGUCCUGAGUCAGACACCAUGUGUCCUUCCAUUGGCAGGUCUGUGUUUGGGUGGUGUGUAGUAGCCAUAGUGACUCAGAGUAGCAAUGUUUACUGCAGGGGUACAAAUUCUAGGCAGAAAGCAAAUUGCUCUUCAUAGGAGUUCUUUUUUUUUUGAAAGGCUAUUCAGAACAGAGGUUAAGGUACACCAAAGAGCCUGUGAAGGGGUGCCUUGAUUGAUGUUGGGAUCCAUGCCCCCUCUCCUGCAAGACAUGUUCCUGCUGCUGUGUCCACUCUGUCUCCAUCUGGACUUGUUUUCUUCUUUUGGCUGAGGGGGCUGAGGCAUGCUGGCACCAGAGCAGAGAUCAAAUUAUCUGUUGUUAAUCAUCUGGGUUGGGUUGGAAGGGUUGGGUUAUCAAGAACUGUACUGUAGUUCAUUUGAACAUUUGUAUCCUUUUAAAAAUUUGAUUGUUGGUUAAAUCCAAGGGCACAAUCGCUGUAUUAAAGGGCAGCAUUUACCACGCUGGGGCUGUAAGAGGAGACAACCUUUUCCGAAAAGAUCUAAUGGCUCCUUCAAGAAGAGUCCCACUCUGCUUCCUCUGUGCAUAGGCUUGUUUUCUCUUCUCACUGCUAACUUCAAGCAGCCUGGUUAGUUCUAACCCUCUUGGGGAGCAUCCAGGUUUCUUGAGUCCCGUAGUUGGCUGUAUAAGUAGGGGCAUAUACAGCUGUUGCUUUUAUGUGACUGGCAAGCUUUUGCAGUACAUGUCUUGUCAUGCAGAGAAUACAGCUACGAUCAGAGGAGGCAGCACAUCAUAUCAGAGUGAUCAGUAGCAGCAUGUUUUACUAGAGUGCUAAACCUUCUGGUGGCAGCUGCCAACUGGGAGUCCUAAGAAAUAUGGCUGAUGGGCCAGAUUUAGUUCAAAAAUGACUAUUAAGUCCAAGUGACAUUCUCCCAAAACAGCUGUUCAGUGAUUUGUCUUUAGCCCCAGAUGUUGGUUCACUACAAACCUGUGUUUCUCUUCAUUAAGAAAGCACAAUUGUUCAAGAAAAGCCUUUUCCCUUUCUCCCAGGUGUCCCCAAGCAGAGGGGGGGUAUUCCCUUCAGGAAGCCAGAUCUGUACCUGUGCACUCUUAGAUUUCUGCCAGUGCAGCUGCCUUAGUGGAAUGGGUUGAGUGUAACUUUCUUGAUGUCUUUUUGAACUCUUGCUAUUCAACCGAAAUUUAAAAAAAAAAAAAAAAAUUAUGGGAAAUUUUGCUUCCGAAUAGAUUCUCUGGAAUCAUCACUUCCACAUUCCUGAUCCUUUUAACUUUAAACGCUGCCCAGAAAAGGUUGCGUUUGUAUACUGAGACCUGCCCCCAGCUGCCAGGUUCUGAGUCAGAUUCUCGGGAGCUGCCAGCUCCUGGGGAGAAGAUUUGCAACUAGCAAUGCAAUUUUUCUAUAUCUGCUGACAUUUACCUUUGAAAAAAUUAUAAAAUGUGUCCUUGAUCUUUUUUUUCUUGUGUUAAUUUUUUUUGUUCUUUAUUCUGUGUGAUGUUAAUUGAGGUCAUUGCAAAACAAUGUAAUUUUGUUAUCUUUGAUUCAAUUGAAUUUCUUUACUUAAAAAAAAAUAAAUAAAGGACUUUCUGAGUUCA